AUGAAGUGGUUAGUGUUAGCCUUUGCCCUUGUGGCGGCUAUUAGCUGGGCCCAUGGUAGUGUCGUGAAGAGUGUCUUCGUGGGCACUGGCACUGACGAGUACGUGUAUCAGUACGAGCUGGAUGUGACGACCGGUGUGAUGGAACCGGAGUACGGUUCAAUGUACCGCGUGAAAGCCCAAAUGCAUAUCCGACCAGACCCUUCUGGAAACGGAACAUUUGUGUACUUCGACGAUCCGAAGGUGUUUCUGUACACGGGUCAUCUGCCAAUGCCGGUAGAACCUACGGCAGAGAACUACACCCAGUACGCCAAGCAAGCGGAAGCGUUCAUUCAACCAUUCUACGUGACUUACGAUAAGUUUGGACUGGUGCAGGAGGUGUUCACCACCAAGACGGACGUACUAUGGAGCGUGAAUCUGAAGAAAGGAGUCGCCGCUCUGUUGCAGCUUCCAGUCGACAAGUUCCCGGCGAAGAAGUUUGUCAAACCAUUCGUGUUCACCGAAACGGAAGAAUCCAUUUAUGGAAAGGUGAAUGUCACCUAUGCUGUACACUCCCUCGACGGACAGAAAGUCCAUGUACUGAAGACACCGGACUAUGAAUCGUUUACUCAUCUGCCGUACGAUGUGUACUCCAAUGUUGAACCGUUCCAUGUCUAUCACAACAUUAGCACAUUUGAUUCUGUGGUCCCAGUGGUGGAAUAUGAGAUGAUCUUCAAUCGGGAUGGUGUGAGCGUUGUCAAAGCGCACUCCGAAAGCACCAAGUACUUGCAACCAUUCACCGUUCAGGGUCAGAAGCAAUUUAUCACGACUAAACAGACAAUCGUGUUCCGGAAUACUGUUGCUCCCAGCAAGACGUUUGAGUUCUCCGGAUUCCCAAUGUACCACUACGUGCACUAUGAAACGUCCGAGUCGGUCUUUGAGGAAACUUAUCCCACCCUUGCCACCAUCACACCGGUUGUAGACAUUUCUACCGUUGGCCCCAAGGUUCAGGUGAUGCUGUAUGAAGCUGUCCAGUAUCUGCAGGAAAAUCAAAUCACGAACCAGGAAACCGAAACUAAACACGGGCUAGCGAUCACACGCAUCAUUGAAGCUCUGAAAUCGUUUACCGUUGAGCACUACGGCCAGUUCUGGACCGUGCUGACCAAGUCAACCACCCCGAAGGAUUUGAUGGCAGUGGACAUUUUCUACAAGGUGCUCCCAUCCGUCGGCACGAAGUACUCCGUACAGUUCGUGAUGGAUAUGGUAAAGAACCACAAAGUGAAGGAAUCGGUCGCGUCCGGCAUGCUGUUCUCGCUCGGCGUCAACGUACGUGCGCCGUCCGUAGAGCUUCUGCACAGUGUCGAAGACUUCAUGAACUUCCCCGAAUACGUGAAGCCAGAUGUGGCUCACGCUGCCAUCCUAACUUUCGGUACCAUGGUGUACAAGACGUUCCAGCACGAAAAGUACUCGACGGAGAUCGAAAAGUACAUUAAGGUGUACUACAAACAUCUGAAGGAAGCGAAAACGUUCGAGGAGCAGCUGGUUUGGUUGCACGGUUUGAAGAACAUUCAGCUGGGAACGGUCGGAGAACUGUUGGUGCCGCUCGUUAAAGGUGAACCGGUGUUGGAUCUGGCGUACGAUCGUCACCUGCAGGUGCAUGUGAUUUAUGCGCUGAUGCAAAUUAUGGAGCACGAGCACGACACGCUCUUCGAGGUCGUAUUCCCGAUUGUGACCGAUGAUACGCUGCCUAUUGAGCUGCGUGUGGCCGCUGUCAAGGUGAUCGUCUCGAUGGAAGAUGUACACUACUGUUCGAAGCUUGUUGCCUUCAUGACAGUGGAAACGAACGUUCAUCUCUACUCGUACUUUAUCACCACCAUAAGAAGCCUGGUCAACUCGGAUGUUCACUUCGACACUGACUUCUACCACUAUCUGCAGCACGUCGUCACCGAGUUCGUCCACUACGAUCCGGCAGUAGCGACAAAGGCUUUCUUCUACGAUUACGUUGAUGUGCAGCAGAAGGUAGGCAGCAUCAUUCGCGGUAAUAUGGUCGCCGAUGUCAAGCACAACAAUAUGAACCAGUUCUACAUUAGCUUCGCUCCUUACGUGAUGGAUCACGUAUACGAUCUCUACUCGGUGUAUGUCAAGUUCGAGGGAGUUCACAAUCCGCUCACGCUCUUGUUGCCUAAACUGUUCAAUGUUGAUCCGAAAACGAUCAACGAACCGAUUACGCACAGUCACAACAAUGUUCCCGUACACGUCGAAUUUACGUUCAUGGCCAACGGUAAGGUUGUGUACACGAAGUACUUCAACGAGGAAACGAUCAAGCAGUUCUACAGUUACACCUAUCUGACGAUCCUCAAGACGUUGCAGUAUCAGUUUACGACCGUGCUAAACGUGGCAGAAGUCGAGCUGUAUACACCGACGUAUGACGGAGUGCCGGUUAAGGUUGCGCUGAAGAUGCCGCUCGUGUCCCAGUUCAAGUACAACGUAGUGGUACCAUCGACGACCAAUCAGAACGAGGUGACGCUCACCAUCAACAGCUUCUUCCGCAUGUGGAUGCACGGAUACUACGGUGUAUCGGUGUACAAUCCGUUCGCCCUAACCUGGCAAGGUACGCGUCGCGUGCAAGCGUUCGACUUCCACGUCCCGCUAGUGUUCGAUGUCAUCUUCAACUUCCAGCAGAACUCGUUCAAGCUCGUCUGGAGCAAGCACACCAACGAGGUGUUCAAUGUGGUCGGCUUCAAAUCGCACGUCAAGACACAGGUUUACGCUAGACCAGACACGGAGGUGGACUAUCUGAAAUCCACUUGCCCUGUGUGCUUCCACUACGAAACGGUAACGGCCGUACCGGUACCAAAGAAGAAGGAUGUUGUACUGUACGAAGCCCAUUCUAAGUACACUGGACUGCAUUUCUAUCUGUCGGCGUUCGACGUGGAAGUUACACCAACGGUCAAAUACUUCAAGUCGCUAAACGACAUUUUCGCGUCGGAACUGUUCCACGACCUCGAGCACGUAACCGUGUUUGACUUUGUGACGAAGUACUUCACCUGGUUCUAUACGACCGUGUUGUCCCCGAAACCCACGAGCUUCGGUGUUGUCGGAUACGUUAACCCGUGCAAAGUCUAUCCCUUCGAUAAGGUAGAGUUCACGUUCAAGGUAGACAGCGAAGCAAUCUCACACAAACUGUGGACCACACCGGACUUCCGUCAAUACGUCAAGUUCACGGCCGUCUUUAAGAAGACGGAUGUUGUCGUUAACCAUUGGGACGUUAACGUGUACUACACGCACGAGUAUGGAACGUUCUUCAAAACGGUCAACAUGCAGAUAACGCACCAAACCCCGGGUGAGAAGAACAUGAACAUCUGCAUCGACUGGGUGAAGAACGUUGUGCCAGAGUCGGUUACCGGAAAGCUUUCGUACUUCCACGGUUACUCGUACGAUCACAAAUGCGUCAAGGAUGAUAUGGUGGUGUCUAUCGAAUACGCCGGUGUACAGUCGGAUGUGCAGAAGAACUUCACGUACGUUACGUCGUACCAUAGCGUCCCUACGUACUUCUACCAGCAGUGUGUACCGCGCGACUUGCCCCAGUUUGAAGACUACUCCGUACCGGUUACGCACGAAUGUGUUAGUAUGCACAGCACCGUCCGUAAGUAUCUCUAUACCGUCGACUACCAGCAUGUCUACCCGGUGUACGAGGAGUUUGUUAAGCCGUUCUGGUUCUGGGUGAAGCACGUCGGACCGGCCUACUACCCGCAGGUUGAACAGUUCCACUUUGUGCCGGAGAACCGGUUCGUUGUGGAAGUGGAGUAUCCGAUGUACUACACCUACCCGAUUGUGGAUGUCGUAGUAAAGUCGGCGUACGAAACGGUUGCGUUCGAUCACGUACCAUACUACGACUUUGUGUGGAUGUUCCAACCCGACAGUACCGUGUUCACCAAGUACUUUGACGUGAUGAAGUUCUUCGGCAAUGUAAACAGCUGCGUUGUUAACCCUGUGUACGAAUACGCUCCCUAUCACUACACCGUCAGCAAGACGCCGGUCUUCAACGAAUGGGUUCUUUACGCUUCCGACCAUCCUGUCUCAUACACCUGGGCCGUUUAUGUGCAGAAGCUGGAAAAGAACCAUGUUGCCUUCAAGCUCGUCCUAAACGGUCACAGCGUCGUAGUUCAACCCCUGUUCGGAAAGCAGUACGAAAAUACCGGCAAGAAGUACACCUUCACGGUUGAUAGCGAGCUGAUGUACGCCCUGGAGCAUGGUAGCGUCGAUGUGUACCCGUUCAAAUACUACUACGUGUACGAUACGAUUGUCUUUAACGUACCACACGUUUCGCUCUACGUGGUUUACGAUGGCUAUCAGGUGAAGAUCGAAACACCUACAAUGAAUAAUGUUACAUUCUAUGGCCAGUGCUAUGCGUAA